CAACAAGCUGACUCAGAGUGACAUGUUCCUCCCAUCACCCAUCUCAAGCUGCUUCAAAAUGGUCGAGGUUUGGCCUGGCCAGAGCAUGGGAUUUUGUGAACCCCGUCCAUCAUCACUUGCGCCAUGAGCGAUCCGGCUAGUCCCUGGCCCAGUCGUCCGUCCCCUCUUUGACCGCUGGCUUUAGGCCACCACCCCGUGCGCUAGUCAUGACCAUUCCAACCUCCACACCACUUGAUUUUUCAUGGAUCAAUACAACCCCUUCAGGCUCAGCCACGCCAGACAAUCGGCGUCGGGUGAUGCAACAUGUCCAUAGAUAUCGUCGAACACAACGAAGACAAGAUGCUCAACGAUUGUUACAAUCCUCCUUGUUUCGCCAGACUGGGCCUCGAACCGGGGACCGACCUUCUCGCGAGCAAGAGUCCCUAACCCUUACUAACCGCCUACCCCCCAAUUCAGUAACCAACAUUCCUCAAUCAAUCUAUAUCCCUCCCAUCAUCGAGCUGAUGCUUGUUAAUGCUGCAUCGGACGACACAACCGCUUUGCCGCAAGCUUCCAUGUCUGCCGCCAACUCUCUGAUCUUCUUCGAACGUGAUUGUGUCUACCCUGCGGCGAAGCAUCUUGAAUGGGCCGCCGUGCCAAAGGAAAAGGCUUUUGAAACAAGCUGGGCUUCUGAUCUACAGAACAAUCUGUAUGAUAACCUCACCAUCCACAGCUAUCUCGCGCGCAUCGCCGCCACCUUGUGCUCAGUCACUGGCGACUUGCAGUAUCUCGACACUGCAAAAAUCUUGCGAUCCCGAGGAGUGGCUUCGUUGCGCCACUAUCUCGAAACUACAAAGGAUGUCAAUAUUCCCAGGCUCUAUCGCUCCCUAAUCAGUCUUCUGUUUGCAGAAAGUGCUGUCAGUGAUAGAUCUACCAUGAAGAUUCAUAUUCGUCUCCUUCGAGACGUCUUCCUCUCCCAUCACGACAAACUCUCACAAGAUCCAUCCAUCAACCAUCUUGUCUUUAUGAGCAUCAUCUAUCAAGAUGUUCAAUUGGCUCUCUGUACCAUGUCGUACACAUUCUUGGACCUCUCACCAAACGAGUGGAUUGCUCGCCUUGCCGAGCCCCUUUGGUCAAGUCAGCCUUAUUUAACUUCAGCAAUUGACUUUCAGACCGACAAUAGACUCAGACCCUUUUUCACAGAGCCUGCGAGAUCAAUGAUGGUUGCAGUUGAUCAGGUGCUGCAAAACCUGGUACACGUUCGUGCUGACACUUUCGUGGGAAACUCCUCCACCUGGAUAUACUUCUUGUCCAGGUUUGUCUUCGCUGCUGGCCGGUUGGGAAAUCAUGUCGUGGCCAUGAGGGCCCAACUGUCCCAGCAAGAGUAUACCACGAGUUCAAGAGUAGAUGAUGUCCACGAGGUCUGUGCGUGCCUCUGUGCCGUAUUCUGGCUUCGGAUGGCCAUGGGUUCCGAGAAUAUCCACUUAUCUCCAAGACUGACCAUCUGGACGGGUAAUCCCACUCUUGUGCAGACGCUCCAGCAGACGCUCCAGCUCAGCUAUGUACACGAAUCCGACUGGGAGCAGGACAAGAGCCGUGACAAGCUUGAGCUGCUUUUGUGGCUAUUGUGGCCUGGGUGUUUUGCAGAAACGAGCCAGAGGAAUUGGUUCGUCGAGAAGAUGGGCAUCAUCAUGAACCUCUCAAAAAUUGACACUUGGCCACAUUUCUGGCAGGCACUUCAAAGAUUUGUUGUCCCAGCCACAAUGCUCGAACAAAUGAAAGAGUGCUGGACAAGUCUAUUCUCAUCUCAACAUUCACAAGUUGCACCCCGACUGUGCACCGAGGGUUCUAGAACCGGACUUUGACGGCUUGGCCAUGAAACCUUCCUUAAAGGGAUUUUGCUCAAGUGCUCCAGCAGGCAUGCCCAAAGCCUACACGUUGAUCCAUUUCAGUCGUUGGACAUGAAACAUUGGAGAGAAGCGACCUUGGUAUCCUCUGGUCAAAGAGGAUGCGUUUCUGCUACACAACCGUGAGUGACGUGGGAUGCGCCUUUCCCAAGUCAUGACUUGAUUAAAGCUACUGAGGCAUCUCGCUUGCAACUACAGCCCCCUCGGCGGCCAGAGUGACAUAAUAUAAUUGUGUCUCGGCUGCAAUCACCAUUCGACCUUUUCCGGCAAAAUUGAAAUUUGCUGAAGUUGAGCCGACGAAGAUCUUUCCCAACAAGACCCCAGAAGGGUUCCAGACAUGUACUCCAUCUCCCACGCCGGAGUAGACAUUACCGUUUGUGUCGCAAUGGAUACCAUCAGGAAUCCCUGGGGAGACGUAGCUGAACAGUUUGCGGUUACUCCAGGUUCCAUCUUCUUCAACUGUGAAGCGAUAGCUGCAGCAUUUCAGUUAGUACCAGCAACCCAGCAACAGCUACAGAAUCGACGAAUCGAGAUGAGACUCACAUAGAUGCCGGUGCAGAGAAGUUGUAUCCAUAAAAGGCGCCUUGCGCACCGGUAUCGGUAACGUAUGCGUAGGAUCCAUUUGGCGAGAAGAUCACUCCUAUGAAGAUUCGAAUCCAUCUGCGACAGCCACUAAUGCGCCAGUGGAAGGUGUCAAGCGAUAAACCAUAUUCGGCAAGGCCGGCGGAGGACGAAAGUCCUGCAGAUAGCCAUAUAGGGUAUCUGUGAAAUAGACGUCGCCGUUACGGGGAUUGAUGGCCACAUCGUUGAGCGAAUUGAAUUGACGACCAAAGAAAUUGUUCAAAAGGACUAGCAAGAGUUUAUUCAGAUAAGCACAAGAGAUCAUAUAUCCUUGGAGUCUGGAGGCACGUUUUCACAACGGUAGAUGAAAGAGGCUUACCAGUGGUGUUGUAUGGCUCGACCGGAUUCAUGAUGAAGAGAGAUGGCGGCGUAUCAUUUCCUUGACCUUCACCCGUGAAGAGGAUCUGACCACGGUAAUUCGUUGCACCUGGUGUUUGAUUCAUGGUUAGUACAGUUGCUGCCGAGAGAUGCUACAAGCAGAUGUCGUUCAAGUGUACCGUUGGAAUUAAUCACUGGUGGAGUGGCAUUGACAUGAGUGAUGUUGACACUGCCAGAUGCGUUAAACUGGUUAGACACGGCCGCAGCUUGAGCCAGUGAGAUUUUGUAAAUCGAAUUCGACUUAUUCAACCCCGUCCCUGCGGCCUCUGCC